AUGAAUGCCUUUCUCUCCAUUUAUUCGACCAUUCCAGGGUCCAGCGAGCUCGACAUCAGCGCUGUUCUUGCACCAUUGAUUAAAGCCCAUAAUAGCGUCGUUAAGUCUCAGAUAGAUGCUGCUCUGACCACUCUACUUUGCUUUGCAGAGAAGAACAACGAUAGCGACCAUACAAUGCACAUUCUGCGAAGUUUUUUGAAGCUGCUUCUAGCCCACAUACAACUGCCAGAAAACAGAGGAACUACCGUCACGGGAUGCAAGGGGCUGUGGGUUUUGCUAGGACAGCUCAUUCUAAAGGUAGAUGGAGCCGCCAGCGACUUUGUCACUUGGUUUGCAAAGCAGGAUAUUUGUAAAGCCUUGCUUGGUAGCAGUGUUUCGUCAGAAGUAUUGACUUUCAGACACGUGUUCAACUGCCUACUUCUGUACACCCAGGCACUAUUUUCUGGCGAUAGUUAUGGUGCUUCGUCUCGCACAACAAGCUCUGGUGAGACAACGACAUCUGUAGAAGAUCGGAGAACUUAUCUAUGCCUUUCUGAUAUGGCUUUGUAUCUGCAAAACUUUAUAUUGAUCUUUUCACAAACCAAUCUAGCAAAUAUUAGCACAUUAGAUCAAGAUAAGGAGGCAUACACUUCGUCUCUUCAAAUGAUCGUCAGGCUCUGCAGUAUCCACAAUCCAGCUUUUCUAUCUACAAUUAAGUUCCCCAAUAAGAGUGUCAAUCCAAUGACGGAGUCGAUAGAUGUAACUCAUGGCCGCAUGCUUAUCCACCUAUUCCUCCAGCCAGAGGACUUCAGGCUCUAUGUACAAGAUGACGCUUGUCCAUAUGCACUGCUACUGAAAUUCCUUCAUCCAGAGUCAUCUCCAGUCUUGUUUAUGCUUGUAGCUGAUGCAGAGCGCCUCAUUUCACAUCCACGGACAGAUUGGUCCUCUAGAUAUUAUCUUGCUCUCUUUGAAACAAUCGUUUCUAUAGAUAGCUUUGCGUCCUCAGGACUAUUGACAAAGCUACCACAUAAGCUUUCUCCAAUAGCCCUGCCCAUUUAUGGAAGAGUAGUGUCACGCACUGUUGAGUAUUUGCUGCGUACACAUAAAACCCAAUCAAAGACUUUCUGGAAGCUAGUAGAGAUACAAUUAUCCUGUUUCAGCAUUUUCCCUUCUGAUGCAGUAUUCUUUGAAAUGCGGAAGUUUAUUGUUCAACAUGGAAAGGCAUCUAUCUUCAUUAGCAGGAUGAUCAGCACCAUUAACCACAAAGCGCUUUCUUCCCAAGAUCUGCUUAAGAUAAUCAAGUUGUACGCGUUAUUCCUUAUUGAGGGAGAUGCACCAACCGCAGGGGUUGUGCGACUUAAGGUUGAAGAGCUGACCCGAGACUUUCCCGCUGCACUCCAGGAGGCACUGCCGCAUGAACUUUUCAUAAGAGUCUGUUUACGAAGUCACAUUAACAUCAGCAAAGAGGUGCUCUGUCAGUUUUUAUUGAGUGUGACAUCCCUUGCUCCUGGAGAUGAGCAAAUUAAAGACUGCACGAUCGGGCUUUUCAAGGACUUUCUCACAACAUCCAUGGAUACUCACUGCUACUAUAGCGAUCUUUGUUGCGGUGUCCCAGCUAAUAGCAAAGUUAUUUUGUUUCCCUUAGGGCCUCUUCUGCUUGCUAUCAACAAUACCUUCGGAACCAAUUUACACCAGAAGGAGUAUGCCCUACUAUUCAAAUUCUUCUUUGGUGGCGCUGAUCGAGACACCGCACAAGUUGUUUAUGCACAGCUAGAGCCUUUGCUAUCAAAGUAUACAGCCUUAUUUUCAAGCGCUCUGGUCCCUGGAAUGCUUGGGAGCGAAUCGCAAGAGUACGCUCCUCUCAGCGUCUUACACUUUCUGUUUGUCCAGGGAGGCCUGGAUUGCUUUACAACGUCUUUGCAGGAAGCCGAAUCCAACGGAAGUAUUAUUUCAAAGUUUCACAUAAAUGAGAUGAUUACGUUGCAGCUACUCACCUUAGGUUCUUGCCUAUUCACACACCUUCCAGAUACUUAUUUAGACAUACUCUGUGCAAAGUUUGUUGAUGAGUGCAUCGACAACUGUAACUUCCAGGCUAUAAUAUUGGCUACCAACAAAGCAUUCGUGUCCUAUUCUCUAUCGAUUAGUAUAGAUACGUCCACUGUGGAUAUCCCCAUCCGUAUAGGGCGCAUGCUUGGGUACUUCAUUAAGUAUUCCUAUAGUGCGUAUCAGACAGUGGAGAACGACGAGCUUCUUGGCAUAAUAAUUGGUCUGCUGAACUUCUUCAUACUCUGUAAGAACUCCAGCUCUCUUGUCCUCUUUGUGGAUGAGCCACGCCGAAGUAUUUCAGAGCAAGAUGUAAAGCAGGUUGUUUCCGAUGCAGGAUACCGUAUUUCUCAGAUUUUAAAUUACAUAUUCGAAGGUGCAAAUACAACUGAUCAGGGCGCAAAUAAGCUGCUUACCGUCUCCUACGUUUUGUCUCCUAUUAACUCACAACCACGUGAUAGAAGGUUGCGCUCUCCUUUGGGCACUCCAAGCUCAAGUAGCUCUACGGGUACCAGCUCGAUGCAGACGGUGACGAGUCCCAACGGAACAUCCGUCCUGGUUGGGGACGUAUAUGUGAAGAGACAGCCCGCGGCUAUCAACUCUCCUGCAUAUCGUAUGUUAUGGUUGUAUACUCCUUUCUUUCUAGAGCUCUUGAAUACGCUAGCAUCUAUUGUCAAUAUGCCGUUGAAACUGAUGCCCACGUGUCUACAUGUCCCCAUGGGGUGGGUGUCCUUUGGAAUUAGUCGACCAAGUGAGAUGCACAGCGCUGAGUUCGGCAGGCUACUUACGGAAGAAAUAUACGUUCCAGUCAUAGAUCACUAUUGUCUUGCAGGAGGCAGAACGUUAAGCUUGGAGCAGUGUGUUGCAGAGAGACCUAGUGAAGGACAGAGUGACGGUGUCCCCUUUGACCCAGCGCAAGAAGUGGUUAUUCCUGACACCUCUCGCUUCUCUGUCAACACGAUCCUUCCAUAUCCCAUUAGCCCAGGCACGCAUGACUACCUCAUGUCCCAGCGGUUUACUGUCAGAAGCGAGAAUCUCUCAAUGCUAUUAAGCACCUAUCCUAUGUCAUACAUAAGGCGUCUUUUCGGAUGCGUAGACUUGUGGAAAUCCUUUCUUAAAACAGAUCCAACAGAAGCAAUGCGUCAACUGGCCGUGGUGCCCUUCUUUGUAACAACUCUAAACUGUAAGACAACAUCGGAAAAUAUCCGCUCUCUCUAUUCAUCCCUCAUUAACACGUUAGAAAAGGAGCUUUCGUUAACUCUUCGGCAGAAGUUUUCUAAGUUACUGACCGACAUGGCUACGAUGUUGCUUAAUAGAUUUAAAACAGUGUCAAGGGCUUUCUCCCACAAGCGGCGCUCAUAUGGUAUCGUCAAUGGAAUUCUCUGCUUCACCCAUUGUGCCAUGCUGGCCCCUUUUACCGACUCUGUAGCAAAUUUUAUCAUUAGAUUUCUCAGGCACCCAAAUUGCUUUGAUGAUCUGGCAUGCUACGAUAAUCUUGUCUCCUACAUUCAUCUCGCAGAGGGCUUUUAUCUGUCGUUCAUAUCAAGAGAUGGAAAGAGUACGAUGUCUACAAUUAGCCGUAGAAUAGGAUCUGAAGCCCUCAUUUCUUCGAUCAUGCAUAUGAAAAGCUCAAGCUGGGAAAUACAUAACGCAUGGAUGUCUCUCUUUGGAACCGUGGCAAAGACAACCUUUUAUAAUACAGGUCUCGACCGGCGAAAACUACUUGAUAGACUCAAUUCCAGUGCCUUGGAACGUAUCGGAAACUCUCUCGAAAGAUUUAUCUAUGCAAAAGGGGCAGAUGACUGUACAGUGGAGCAAAUACUCAGCGCUGGACUUGUAUAUGCACACGUUCCUAGCAUCCAAAGUGACAACCUGAGGCUCUUCAAAUCAGUCAUUCAUCUUCUAUUUUCUUCACACAUCUCGCUCCGAGCUCUGGCUGGUAAGAUAUUUGCUGUUCAAUUUGGCGACUCCGUGGAGCAAAUGGUAACAGAGGUGCUGUGUUGGCUUAGAACUGCAGAUUUUGCCGAUGAGUUGACUGAUGAGUGGGAUGAUACAAUAGACUAUGGAGACAGAUACAUUGUCUUUAGCUCUUCUAUGCUACCGGAUCUUAAGUGCAGUCCACUUCCUAGACGUAUAUGCAGCCUAAUGGAAUCACGAUACAAUCGUCAAAAGUAUGUUGUUACUCUUUUGGAAUCAUUAUCCUUCGUACUGCAUUAUGCAGACUGCUCUGGUAAUGAGCUAUGUUAUGGUAUUUUAGACCUAUUACAGCGAUUGAAAGUUUCUGAAGUGGACGUACUAAUAAUUAGAUCGAGAGCCUAUUCCUUAGGAACACGGGAGUGA